AUGUCCCCGUCGCCGGAGCUCGUUACACUUCUGCUGCUCGGCGUAUUGGUCGGCGCUGAUGAUUCGUGCUGGUCGGAGUGUUUCCAGGAAAAAAUGCCCCAGUGCGGCGUGUGGCUAAUGAAGGAGACAAAUCCAGAUGUGGCUGGCACCUACGAGUUAAAUCAUGGCAUGGUGAAUAUGUCUUGCGAAUUCUCGUCCCUGCCAGAACCUGCGUCAGUCACUUGGCUCCACAAGGCCCCGAACUCAAUCAGCUGGAUCGAUUUCGCGUGCUCGAACAAGGACGAAACGAAGCAGUGCAGAGAAACUGAACAUCGAGUCACCUCUCGAUGUUUGUUACGCACUAAUAGCCUGACAAUGACAGGUACUUACCGAUGUCAAGCCACGACAUCAGAACAGAAGAAUAAAGCGAUUAGCUCCGAGUUCAGCAUCAAUGUGGUCGGGAUUGAAAACGUUGCCGUCCUUCACCAUCAUUUGCCCUAUGGUAAGCUCGGCUACAUCGAAGUGGAGGUAUGUGCUAAUCCUAAGCCAGAAAUCUUCUGGUUGACUUCGGAUGCUAUUGUAAGACCACAUAGUGGAGGAAAUUCGUUAGUGUCUGCCACUCAUCUACACCCUAAAAAGGAACGGCGAUUCCAUGAUGGUCCAGCUACAGUGGUGCCAUACUGCUACACAUCACGUCUUCUGAUCCGAAAUGUUACAAGCACCGACACGUACCAGUUACUGGUUAAGGGCGAAACGGAAUCACGAACAGUCGAUCUACACGUGAAAGUCUCCGACCUUCCAGUUUCGUCCACUUGUUUGUGGCUCAGUAUCUACCCGAUUCUUGUUGUGUUAGUAAGUGUAUUAUAG